UUGAUCUUCGCUGCUGCUGCUGCAGAAGAAGAAAAAAGAAAGCGUAUUUGGACGAGAAAUUGGGUGAAACGCAGAGAAAUUCAUGGAGCCCAUAAUACCCUGUUCCAAGAGCUGCGUUUUGAAGACAGGGUGGAAUUUGGAAAGUAUUUGCGAAUGAUGCCGUGCGAUUUUGAUUAUUUAUUAAACUUAGUGAGCAGCAAAAUUAAAAAACAGGAUACGAUUAUGCGUUGUGCAAUUUCACCAUCUGAGAGGCUGCAUGUUACUUUACGCUUUCUAGCUGGUGGGUGUUCCUAUUCAAAUUUACAGUAUUUGUUUAGAAUACCUAAACAAACAUUGUCAAGAGUGAUACCAGAAGUAUUGGAUGCUUUAUGGGAAUGCAUGCAAGAUUACAUAAAGACACCAAACACUGCUCAGGAGUGGAAAGCCAUAGAAGAAGCUUUUGCUGAAAAGUGGAACCUGCCACACUGUGUUGGUGCCAUCGAUGGAAAACACGUUAUGAUAAAAGCACCAGCAGGGGGUGGCAGCACUUUUUACAAUUAUAAAAGUUUCAACAGCAUUGUGCUGAUGGCAUCAGUUGAUGCAGAUUAUAAAUUUACAUUUAUUGAUGUUGGAUGUAAUGGACGAAUAUCAGACGGAGGAGUUUUUGCCCAAACAAGUUUAUUUUCGAUGCUAGACAAUAACUUGCUUGAUCUGCCCAGCCCAACACCUUUGAUUCCAGGUAGUGAGCCUGUGAAUUAUUUUAUGGUUGCAGAUGAGGCGUUUCCUUUGAAAUGUUAUCUGAUGAGGCCAUAUCCUGGUAAAAAUAUCUCUCCUCAGCAAAGGAUUUUCAAUUAUCGACUGUCCAGGGCAAGGCGUGUUGUUGAAAAUGCAUUCGGGAUAUUAUCAAAUAGAUUUCGUAUCUUGAUGCAACCAAUACAGCUGCCUCCUGCGACAGUUGAUAAAAUUGUUUCUGUAUGUUGCUGUUUGCAUAACUUUCUACGAGAAAGACCGUCCAGGCAAUUGUAUACACCAAGAGAACUAAUCGAUCAUGAAGAUGAGGACUUUAAUUUUAUACCUGGAUCAUGGCGAAAUGAGGAAUCGCUAAGUAAGAUGAAAUCCCUGUGUAAACAAAAUGGUUAUAACACAGGGUCUGCUGAAGCAAGGCUAAUGCGAGAAAAAAUUUGUGAUUAUGUAAAUAAUGAAGGAAAAGUUGCAUGGCAAGAUAAAUUUAUAAAAAAAUAUUAUUAA